GGGGACGUCAGACAUGCGCAGAUCCCAACAUUAGCUAGCUGGCUCAGUAUGAAAGGAGGCGGACACCUCGGGCAUGACGUCACAAAGGGUGGAGUGGGUUGAGGUGUGGGAUCUGCCGCGUUCCCUUGCUAUUACAUUCUAAUCCCCUUCCCCGCUACAAAGGUGCUCCACCCGUCCCCGCCACCGCCCUUAAUUUUUUUUUUUUUUUUUUUUUUUGAGAGCGAGGGCGCGCGUGCGCUGGAAUCUCCUAAUGAGAAGCUUUCCAGAUGGAAUCUCUAACCGACGCUGGCUGUGAUGGCUGUGGAGGAUUCUUCGUCUUCGGGCUCCGAGCAAGCCUGGCUGCAGGUUGUCCAUACCUUUAUCCAGAAAAACCUGUGUUCAACUAUCAAAGACCCUUGUAUCCAUUUAGUAGAAGCUGUAGUUGACUGUGUGAAGGCUAUCUGGGCAUCCUCAGGAGGAACUGGCAGUCUCCACCUGCCUCUCAGCUACAGUUUUGUCUCUGUGCAGGAGCUUAGAUCCCAUCAACAUCUCCCAUGCUGUAGCCAUCUGGCUUGGAGCAGUUCUGAAUACCAGACUUGGGCUAACAAAGCUGGAUUGGAUAGAGUUCCUUUGUCCAGGGAAAGGCUGAUACUGCUAGGGACACUGACCGACCUGCCUGGGGAUUUGGAUCCAGAGUUAAGGGAUGGAAGCCUUUAUGUGAAGGACAACAGUGGGACAUUAGGCUGUGAGCUCUUGGACCUUGACCUCUCAUGGCUGGGCCACCUCUUCCUUUUCCCUAGUUGGAGUUAUAUUCCUUCUGCUUGGCAACGGAGCUCCUCAGGAAGUGGGCAUUUAGAACUGUUGUGUCCCCCAGUACCUGUGUUGCCUCUAGGCUUCAACCAUGGCCCUGAAACCCCCAUAAGAGUUCUCUACCCAGAGAUUGCAUUCUACCUGCUCCAGCACAGAAGCAAAUUUCGAAGGCAGAAGUUACACCUUGCAGGGCAGCUGGUACGAUUAAGUACACUGGUAAAGACCCAUGGAAAGACCUACUUCAUCUUGUCACUGGGAGUCCCCUCUUCAGCCAUUACUCCAGUGCCCAUCAUUGUGCAGAUCCCCAGCCAGUUGGUGUGGCACCAUGCACUGCGGCCUGGCUGUUCAUAUGUACUAACAAAUCUGCAGAUAUCUGUGAUCCGUGGUUUCCCUAAUCGUAUCUGGGCAACUGGCCCCUCUUCCCAUUUGAUGCCCCUUGAGCCUGAGCAUGUACAGGAGUUCAAUGUGGAAGAACUUAUUGUGGAUACUGUUCCUAAUCCUCUCCCUGUACCUAGCAGCUCCCAAGAACAUCAUAACUCCAUCAGGGAAGUCAGGAUGCUGUCAUACAGGGGGACAGUUACCAAAGUGUUGAAUGGCCCUGCUAGCCUCUAUGAACUAGAUGGACAACUAUGUCUCUGUCUUGCCUAUCAGCAGCUCCCCAAUAAUGGUCGAGCAAUCAGGCCAGGAGCACAGCUAGAGCUCCAAGAUGUUCACUUCUUCCAGUCAGUGGGUGGCGCUCCCAUGCUGGCCCCUUGCCUCCGAGGAGCUGUCUUGCUUCGGGGCUUUUCUCAGCAAGAAUCCCUAAAGCAGUCUCCUCACUCAUUCUGUGGGGUUGUCUUGCAUCUGCGGCUGUUAUUAGAGCGUCACAUGGGACUUCCUCUCUACCUGUGGACAGCCAAAGCUCUGGAGGAGAUAACUAGCAAGCUAUGUCCUCAUUUGCUGAAGCAUCACCAAUUACUAAAAAGUUCAGCUUCUGGUACAGCUGGACUCGGGGAGUUGCUCCUGGCUCCCACAUUGGAUGUUCUAGCUCCACCUGGGAGAUCCAUCCGGAAUGUAUAUCAAGAAAUCGUAGAAGAUCCACAUCACUGUCCCCUCCAGGAGUACUCUCUGCUACAGCCUCCAUGCUCCUUCCCAGCUUUGGCUGCUCUCAAGGAGGAUGGGCAAUGUAGGGCCUGGGCAACGUUUGACCCCAUGACUCUGUUACCUUUGGCUGAAGUCAACCACCUACCCAGUUAUGUGCUGAAUGCCCGUCUGGCCUGGUCCUGGGUUUCCUUGUCACCCUCCUUUUUCAAACCACCUCCGGUACUCCUGGGGGUCCUGGUGGCUUCAUCUCAUCGGGGAUGGCUGCAGCUUCGAGACCAAAGUGGUUCCCUACCCUGUCUGCCUUUGCCUGAGCAAUCUCAGGCAUUUAUUGAUCCCCGGCUCAUAGGCUCCCUGGUACGACUGGAAAGGUUCCGACUGGUGGUAGAGAGAGAAGUGAAGAGCACCUUUCCUUCCUGGAAGGAACUGGGGAUGCCAGGAUUCAUCCAGGAGCGUCGUACCAACAUCUAUGUCCUCUUCUCCCUUGCCGAUGCUCUGAUCCUGCCCAUCCACAGUCCGUCCAGUCAUCAUCCUUCCCCCAGGGACCCUCCUCAAGCAAAAUUUCCCCGACUAGAGGGGCCCCCUAAAGGACAGAGCCGGCUACUGCUGCUGUCUCAUAAGGAAUGUCUGAUGAAGCGGAACUAUCAGUCCUCUCUGGGAGCUGAUCCUUUGCCUCCCAAGCCCACUCUUAGCUUCCAUGCAUCAGGCACCUGGCUAAAAGGGGUCCAGAGAAAGGAAGGAAAUGACUGGGGUCUGCCAGAGCCCCUUGGAGAUGAGAGCCAAGAUCAGAAGGUUUUUCUACUCUUCUUUGGCCAAUCUGUCCGAUGGUUUGAGUUCUUGCACCCAGGGCAGCAGUAUAGGCUCAUCAUCCCUGACUCUCCUUUCCCAAGUCUGUUAAAGGAGGGGGAUUCAUCCCCUCUUUCCCAGAGGAUCCUGGAAUCAACUGGCUUUACCUCUUGCCUCAUUGUCCAGGAUGACUGGAUCCUGGAGCCUGGGAACUCCCAGGGCAUUCCAGGUAUGCUGGGGAUAAGCCAGGGACUCUCUGAAUCCUCUCUGACAGAGAUUCUCAAUGGCAGCUCCUCAGGCUCAUUCGUCUCCUUCUCUGCUGAAAUUUUGUCCAGAACACGAUGUAUGCCACUUUCAGCUUGUUGACCCCAAUUCCUCUCUUCUCUAGGAAAUUCCCAGACCUCUAGAUACGGGGUGAAGCUGACUGUGGCCUUGGAUGCUGCUGGUUUAGCCUCUCCCAUUCCCAUAGAUGUCUAUAUAGAGGCUCCACACUCACCCUUGCCACUAGGGCUGCUUCCAGGGGCUCGAGUCUACUUCCAGCACUUAGAAAAAAAAGUCUCCAGGUUCCAAAAUGUUUAUUGUCGUUUCUUGCCAUCCAGCUACCUUCGAAUCCUUAGCUUCCCAACUGAGGUUCCAAUCAGCUCCAGCUUGCCCCACAUCUACCUGGCAGAACUACAGGGGGAUUCCCUAGGGCCUUCCCCAGCCAGCGCUUCCUGUCAUGUGGUAUCUGUCCUCAGUGUCCAGCUAUUCUGGAUCUGUGCACAUUGUACCAGUAUCUGUGCUCAGGGACAGUGUAGUCGACAGGGUCCCCCAUGUCCCACCCAGGCUUCGGUGAGCCAGGCUAACAUCAGGCUUCUGGUAGAAGAUGGGACUGCAGAAGCUGUAGUGACCUGCACCAACCAGCAGGUGGCAAUAGCCCUAGGCCUUUGUCCUACUGAGUGGGACUCAAUAAUGGAGCUGGUCAGGAUACCUGGGAGAGUUGCCCUGCACACUACCAGAGCUGGGGCCCAGUCUGAGGUUACCAGCAAAACAGAUGAUCCCCUGAUGUUCUUCCUCCGGACACUCUGUUCCAGCCCCUCUGUCCUCCGACCUGUUCUUCUUACUUUUGAACUUAAGAGGAAACCCACCAGAGUCAUGCCAUUAGAACCCCCUCGGCUACAUCGGUUCCAGUUCGGUGAGAUUCCUGUCUUGACUCGUGUGGUUCCCAGACUCAAUCUCUCCUGCCUUUCUCUCAGGGACCCUGAACCCCCUGACAUCUUAAGUUCCUGAGAUACCUGGGACCCUUCUUAACAGCAGUACAUCAAGGUUCUGAAUGCAUUCAGUGAUAGGACUCCAAUAAUACAGAUAGCAACCCCAUUGUAGCUGGUUUUCUAAUCAAUCAACAAAUAUUUAUUAUUCUCCUAAAGAGCUGAAGCUCCCAGGGAAGCUACAUCCAGCUCUACUGAAUGCUAUUUUCUCCUACCAGGGUUGAGUGGACUCCUCUCUUCCUUUACUAAAAUGAAUAUAGGCAUUUGGAUUCCUGACUCUCCUCAGUCUACCUCAUUUAUUUCACCCACCACCCUGAAGCCUAAGGACCCUAGAGCCAGUUUCUAGUUUGCCUGGAUUUGUUGAAGGAGAGAAAUCCUACUUCUGCCUUAAUUUAUCAUUCUUGCCUCAUUCUGGUGCCUUAUUCCUCUGCUCUGUGCCUGAGGUGUGGAGAGUAGCACUGACCUGUUUUUGCAGUGACUAUGCAAGCACCAUAACACUUUGUCCUCAAUAAAGCUUAAUAAAGCUCCCUCAUUUGA